GUUUUCUUUAGCUGCGCGCUGAUCCCAGUAAUGCCGCCGCUCAAGUGUUGCAUGCUGAAGAGUCCCGACGCCUAGCAUGAAGAACCGACAAAAGGGGAAAUGAAGAUGAAGAUAAAAGUGUGCCAAGGGGUUAGUGGCAUCAUCGUCGUUACCAUGGUUACCGGCUUUUUGUUGGUGUACAACAGCAGCUCUGGUGACAGAUCAGCUUCCUCGUCAAGUUCUUCCUCCUCAUCGUCCUCUUACCGUUUGGAUGCGCGAGUUCAGUCCACUAAAGUACCGGACAGAUCACAGAGACUCCAAACAACAUCUCUGGAGGGGUACUCAGGUGUCAUGGAUCAUAAGCCGCUGAAAAUGCACUGCAGGACUUGUGCCCUGGUGACCAGCUCUGGGCAACUGACAGCGAGCAAGAGGGGCGAAGAAAUCGACCGCUCUGAGUGUGUUAUUCGUAUGAACGAUGCUCCCAGCCUCGGGUAUCAGCAGGACGUCGGUCGGCGCGCAAGCCUGCGUGUUAUAGCUCACUCCAGCCUGCAGAGGGUGCUGCGGAGCAGGCAGGAGCUCCUCAACAUGAGCCAAGACACAGUGUUCAUCUUCUGGGGACCAAGCAGUUGCAUGAGACGUGAUGGAAAAGGCCAUGUUUACAACAACCUGAAGCUUUUAAACCAGCUGCUACCCAAACUUAAAAUCUACAUUAUUUCCAGGAUCAAGAUGCUGAAGUUUGAUGAACUAUUUAAAAAGGAAACUGGGAUUGACAGGAAGAGUUCCAACUCCUGGUUGAGCACCGGCUGGUUUACUAUGGCUAUAGCCCUGGAGCUGUGUGAUAGGAUCAACGUCUAUGGCAUGGUGCCUCCUGAUUCCUGCAGAUCCUCCUCCCAUCCUACUGUACCGUAUCAUUACUAUGAGCCCUCGGGGCCCAACGAGUGCUCCAUGUAUCUUUCUCACGAGAGAAAUCGGCGAGGAAGCCACCACCGUUUCAUCACAGAGAAGGCGGUAUUUGCAAACUGGGCUCGAACUCGUGACAUCCACUUUUACCAGCCAGACUGGAAGCCCUCUCCCAUCGUCACCACCGUGAAUGGCUCGUACACUGCAAAUCCAGCUGGAUCCUGAAACGCAGCCCAGAGACGAACCCCAGAAAUG